UGCGAGCAAAUUAUUUCUAUAGCAGCUUACAUUACAUCUUGAUAUUUUAUGUUACUUUCGUCGGUAUAUUUCUGUUAACUUAGGGAAUUUUACAUUGGAAAAUACGCAAGAAGAAAAAUGUCAUGUAAUAUUCUUUAUUUAAAGAAAAGAGACAAAAACGGUUUAUCGCAGUAUAUCACUCCCAAAUGAGUGUGGAAGCUCGAACAAGACUGAUCUAUGUGAUAUGGAUACUCAAUUUCUUUAUAUUCAUCGACUUUCUAUGGUCGCAAUUGGGUUAUGGCCUUACCAUCGAACAAUGCUUGUUCAACUUCAGUGUUCUGUGUUUUCUCUUAGUUUGAUUAGUUUUAUUAUAUUUCAGCUUACAACAUUUCUAACUACAGAAUGGACUCUUGACUUUUUCGUUGAAAUUCUUUCUGCAUCACUUUAUCUUCUUGUGUGGGUAAUUCUAUAUAAUUCUUUUUGGAUUAAGACGUAUGCUGUGAAGCGUCUAUUGGAAAAUCUUCAGUACAUCUGCAGUGAGUUAAAGGAUGAAAACGAAAUUGCUAUAAUAAAAAGAUAUGGACACAUUGCAAAACAUAUUGCAAUUGGAUUAAUAUCGUUGACGAUGUUCAGUUUCUUCAUUUUCCUUCUUUUGCCAUUUCUGCCACGGAUUUUCGACAUCUUUUUCCUUGUAAAUAAAUCUGAGCCAUAUCGCAAUAUAUAUAUCAGAACUGAAUAUUUUGUCGAUCAAGAAAAAUAUUUUUAUUGUAUUUUGCUGCAUCUAUACGCAAACGUGUACAUAGUAGGAGGUACAGUAAUAGGAACAGCAAUAUUGAUGACUGGAUACUCUUCAUAUUUUUGUGGAUUAUUUAACAUUGCCAGUUACCGUAUCGAACAAGUAAUGCGGAUAAAUAGUGACGAAAUAACUAAUCGGAUGAACAAGAGAGAGAUCGACAAGACGAUAAGUCAUGCAAUAGACAUUCAUCGCAUAGCUUUUAAGUUUACUGAAGUCUUUUUAUAUAAUUUCAAGGGAACAUUUUUUCUUUUAAUAACGCUUAUCGUAAUUUGUUUGAGCCUUCAUUUGUAUGGAAUCUUUCGAACCGUUUGUUUUGUACAUAGCAUGGAAGAUUUUGUAAAAUACUGUAGUUUUGCGGUUGGCGCGUUAGCAUUUUCAUUAGUAAACAACUGCAUAGGUCAAGCAAUUACAGACCACCAUUAUUACAUAUUUUCAUCCGCAUGUAACGUUCGAUGGUACGAUGCACCUGUACGCUCGCAAAGAUUAAUAUUGUUUCUUUUGCAAAAAGGCACUAAGCCUUAUGCCCUCAAAUACGGUUUUUAUACAAUAUCUUUAGAAAACUUUGCUUCGUUAUUAAGCGCAUCAUUAUCGUAUUUUACUAUUUUAUGUUCUAUACAGAAGUGAUAUUAAUAUUAAUCAACUAAUAGUAUAUUAAAAUCAAGUAGUAAGCUCGAAGAUGAAUAAAGUACUUUCUGUUCUUAAAAGUUCCGUUCUUAAAUAACUGGUGCCUGAAAUUGUCAAAAAAUGAAUAAAGAGAAUGAAGCAUUUUCA